CAGCGUGUCCCGCCCUGUAGCGACGAGGACGCGCCUGCGCAGAGGCGACAGCAAGAGCGGGAUUGGCUCCGGGGGCGCGGCGAGGAGAGACAUGAGGCUGAGCUGGGUCCUGACAAUACUGUCCAUUUGCCUGAGUGCCCUGGCCACGGCCACGGGGGCCGAAGGCAAACGGAAGCUGCAGAUUGGAGUGAAGAAACGUGUGGACCACUGUCCCAUCAAGUCUAGAAAGGGAGAUGUCUUACACAUGCAUUACACGGGGAAGCUGGAAGAUGGGACAGAGUUUGACAGCAGCCUACCACAGAACCAGCCCUUUGUUUUCUCCCUCGGCACUGGCCAGGUCAUCAAGGGCUGGGACCAGGGGCUGCUAGGGAUGUGUGAAGGGGAAAAGAGGAAGCUGGUGAUCCCAUCUGAACUGGGGUAUGGAGAGCGGGGAGCUCCCCCAAAGAUCCCAGGUGGAGCAACCCUGGUGUUUGAGGUGGAGCUGCUCAAGAUUGAGCGACGUUCAGAACUGUAGCAGGCUGCAGAGGGGUAGGAGGCCCCUGUCAGGGACCAGACUGUUUUAAAACAAAACAAACAAAAAAACCCUUUAAAACCCCAA